AUGCCAACUUCGAGUUCCGUGCUGUUUGUGAUUUACAUAUAUAGUUUGUUUGUUUGAGUUCCACGGCGUUCAACGCUGCCUACGAUGUGGCUAGAUUUCAUCGCUUACUAUCUCUUGUCUUUCGCGUGGUGGUCAUCACCGUACUGACCUGAAACACCUAAAAACACGAUCCAACAACAAGAUUCUUUCGCUGUAUUUUGGGAAAGAUUUGAGCAAUGAACUGGUCCUUUUCAAUUUAUACAAAUUUCCUCUUCACGUAAGCCUAUGUAGCUUUUUGUGCUUGGUAUGCGAAAUUGAUUCUAUCGACAGAGUUAAUCAUCAGUUUUAGGCAUCAGGCGUUUUACAUUUUGAAUGAGGAAGCUCUUUGUAUUUGGGAUCGGAUUUGGCAAUAGCCAAUAUACAAUUGUUUGUGAUGAAUUUCUCAUCGAUUGCAUGCUGGAAUCGUACUUUGAGAUUAGUUAGUGUUAUCUUAUUUACAAUGAAAUACGAGUUCCAUACUGCACAUCGCGAUCUAAAAAUCUCUGCCCCCGAUCCAAUUUUGUUGUGUCAAUUUUUGACGUAUGGAAUUUAUCCUGUUAUAUAAGGCACUACUGCAUUGCAUUGCCUUCAGUUGAUUUGCUGCCUGUAUAUACAUUGUAAGCCUAUAGCCUAUAAAACAUCCAUCAGAAAUAAAUUGGAUCCGAAAAAAAUUGUCUUGUGAACAAACCUUUGGCCAAUUGGGCAACAUCAAAUUUUAAACUCGGCCUUUAGAAAACCUUUUUGUACUAAAAUAAAGAAUUCUUGUGUACCCAACAGGGCUUUACUGUUUGUUUAUUAAUAAACCUUUGUUAUCGAAGUGGAUAUCUUCUUAGAAUAAAGUUCCCUGGAGGGAGAGUUUUUUCUUUAUAGCGCAUGCGUUUUGCGACGGAAGCCAUAUAUUGUUGUAAUUCUUGUCGGUCCAAAGUCCUGAGGAAGGUUUUCCUGGACGAAACUGCUAGAAACGAUAUAAGCUCGUUAAACCACUAACCUCAUUCAAACGCAUUCCUUCGACGUUUAAUUGACGUUGGAGUAUUAAAUACCUCGUAAAUUCGUCAUUAGUCAAGGCCCACUUACCCUGAGGCUUUGAAAAACAAAGCUCAAUAUAUCUGUUUGGGAUUGGCUUUGUUUGGCUCUGUUUGUUGCUUCGAUUCAGAAUGUCUGUGUUCAUGGGUGUUUUGUAAAACCUCUUUCAGUAUUUUGUUCGGGAACUUUGCUUUUGAUUUUCUCGACACACCGUGACGCGGAAUUUGGGAUUGUUGUUGUUGGGGUACAAGAUUUUGUAUUACCUUUGUUAAAAACUGUAUGCGACGAGUUGCAUAGAUAUGCGAAUGCUUGAAAUAUUUACCGGAAAUAAAUAUGGAUUUAUUUCGUGUUGAAACUGGGACUAUUCCAGGUCGGAGUUGUAGCGAGGAGACGAUGCCUAUGUUAAAACGAGGUUCAAAGAAGGAUGAACUACCACUUAACUCGAAAGCAUUCCUUAUUCACGAUUCCCUUGCUUGCAUUGCAAAUAUAACGUUGAAGUUCGCCGAACCCACUAAUCAAGCUAAGAAUUAUCCAAUCCAACCGACUUCACCGGUGAGACACGAGUCGAAUUCCCCUGAAGUACCGGAAUACCGACAAUUGUCCCCAAAGAACCUAGAGGACCCUGCAUCUCGUAUCGGCGAGAACCUGCCUACCAAAACUAUCGAUAAUGAAACUUCUAAACUACCUCAUCAACCUUCAACGUCUUCGGCCUCUUUAACGGGUGAUUCACCUCCUGUUUCGGGCAAGAAAAAAACAUUGGGAGAAUUGGCAAAAGAAUGGAAUGCUAACCAGAAUCCUGGUCCAGUUCAAGUAACAGCUCAGGAAUCAAAUGAAAGCAAAUCAUCGCCACCCCCCGGCGUUGAUGACGUCGAUCAUACCCUGGUACGACACAGUACUUACUACUCAACUUCCUCGUCUACUCAGGGCCGGUCAAGCCACGAAUGCAGGCUCGAAAAUAAACUUAAGGCGAGACGUCAUUUAAAUCGCAACGAAGUGCGUCAAGAGAGGAAAAACAGUCCCCCAUUAAUCAGAUAUACAUGCGGCAUUGAAAAUUCGAAUAACAAUUGACCAAGGUGUAAAAUUAUAAAAGGACGGAGAGUAGCGUUAGAUAUACUUGAAUCAAAUGUUUAAAUAUAAAAAUGACAUGUCUAUUGCAAACCAAUUAAAGACCUAUAAUUAGAUAGAUAAUGAAUAUAAUUUAAAUGGUAAAAAUAUAAUAUAAAAGAAGCGUGAAUCAAUAAUUACAUAUAGUUCUUAUAUAAUGGUUCUUUGUAAUGCUUAAACUGUAAAGUUCGUUUUUCCAUCCCAAGGUAUUUCUUGGUGAACGUUAUCAAUGUGAUUUUGUUGUGCACGUUUUUGACGUGGUUUGAGUAGUGGUUUAUUCACCACCAUGGUAAAUAAUUGGAAAGAUGGCCGAUAUUAAACUUAAAAUAAAAUUCGUUUGCGUUGCCAUUUUGGGUGGCAAGAGAUUAUCAAUUAGUUGCUAGAAAUUCUAUACUAAGACUUCACGGCCCUAAUAAAAUAACAAGCAAAACUUCAAGAUACAUGACUAUACUACCAUCUCAUGCAGUUGCAUUGCAUCUUUCCUUUUACGUAACUGUACUUUGUAAUUAAUUUGCCAUCCAAAAUGACGGGAAUCGUACUUAGUGGGUUUGCUCAAUAUGCGCCGUAAGAAAAAAAAUUUUUUCGCAUGGUACGGUAAAUAUAGGCGCAUUAUUAGAGAACUUUGCAGGACUUUCUUACACACAUUUAACAACUCUGCAACCAAUUUAACUUUGCCUGUCCACGCUAGAAUCUUUCUUGUACGCGUUCUUAACGAAAGCAGACUUUAAUGUAAAGCAUGGAUAUCUUUUCUAGAGCCUCUUACAACUAAGUUAGAAUGUAUAUAGCUAUAUAUCGCCAAUUAAUUUCAUGCUGCUUCUAGAUUGAAUGCUAUAUUGCAGCAAUCUCUCUUGUAUUACUAAAAUCCAAUCCAUCGCUUUUCUCCUUUCUGUGGUAGCUACUUAGCCGACCUCAGGGGGUUAAAAAGAAUAGCCUGGAACUCUUGCACUAUUCACAAUGGUCCACAACGAAUUACUUGCAUUUAUCGUCUCAAUCAAAACUCGUGAAUAUAAUACUUAAUUUCUUUAUUACAAAUAACUGUGAAAUUAAUUUAAUUGAACUACCAUAAUACCAUCGAUAAUAUUACCUAACUUAAAAUCCCUAAAAUGAGGUUUGUUAGUAAAUCUAAUAAUUUUUAAUAAUUAUUUUAUUCUUGAAUCCUUAAUUUAUAUCUUCUAUUCAUGUAAAACAAAUAAAUAAACUGUGAAUAAUAUGGUAUGGGUUUCCUAAACCAAAUUUUAAUUACCCAGUGUGUUAAGUGGUUGCAUGGUCUGGAAACUCAAAUUUCGAUUUUGCAGAUAAAAAUUUCGACGUUUGAAACUAGUUCUACACUGCAUGAAUGUUGAGAUAACUUUGUGUAUUUAAUAAAUAUUUUGUGCAUCAAAAUUCCUUCACCUUACUGCAUGAGUAAUUCAUCGAGGUGAUGGCAAAGAAAAUCUUGUAUAUUUGCUUUCUUGUUAAAAAAAUCGUUUUUUUUCAACCUGCAUGAACAUGAAACAAAGCACAGUUAACCAAAGUUAGAACGAGUUUCCAGAUCUUGUCUUGAUCGACCAUAUACAACUCGCGUUUAAAUUAAUUUUUUUAUCCUAAUAAAGAACUCAAUAGAAGCUAUUUAUUGUAUUUUUUACUUAUCUUACUGAAAUUAUAUGUUGGAGAUUUUAAUAUAUUUGGUAAUUUUCCUGUAUGUAUCUUGUU